AUGAAAAAAUCCAAAGGUAGUACGUCUGUGGAUUGUUUGUAUAUGGAGUUCAUGCUUAAUAAGUAGAUGAGAUCAAAUAUACGCAUGAUACAUAACAGAAUUUUAAAUCCAAUGCAGUCGAUUCCAAAACCUUUUUCAUAAAUUGAAAAUAGGAAAAUUGCAAGUAGAUUAAAUUGUUAGUGUAAGAAGAUUAAAAAGAUUAGUAGCAAAUGAUAAUCGAGUUUUAAGACAAUAAGAUAUUAAUGAGUAAAUUAUAUUAACCAAUGGUUAUUCAUUCACAUAGAGUCAUUUAGAAUAAUAAAAAUUGUACGAUUGAAAGUCCUAAAUUUAAAAGAAGUUGUAUUCAUAUGAAUAAUGGAUAGAUCAGUUUAAAACAUUAACAUUAUUUAAAAAAAGGAGGUCAAAAUAUAUAGACAACAUAAUAAUAAGCAUAAGAAACAAAACCAUGGCAUCCUUACAUUAGAACAAAAAGAAAAAAACAUAUUUAAAAUUUACUUGAGUAAAAAUAGAGUCUAGAUUCUUAACCCAUUUAGGGAAUAACUUGUUUUUAGGGAAUAGGGGAUUUAAGUGGAUGGCAAACUUAAGAAGAUCCUUAAAUAGAAAUUCAAUGA